GUCUUCCCUCUAUAACCCUAUCCCUUCCCCAUAUAAAUGUGUGAAGCUCUGCCACUGGUCAGUAAACCAAACCAAAAGCCCAAAUAUUUCCCCUGCUCUUGAAAAGCCAGAACAGAGCACCGCCAUAAAAAAACCGGAAAUGGUACAGAUCAUGAGCAGCUGCCGGUCCGACCAGACGAUUCAACCACGAAGAGGACAUAUCAAGGCCAGGAUUCUCCGGACUUUGGUCAACUCAGCUUCCGAGCUGGUCUCAUUUUCGGUCCAAUCGAAAACAAAGCGGAAGGAUGUCGGGCCGGGCACACUUAGCCCAGAUUCUUAUCGCACCCCGACUCGAACAACUAGUCGUUUUGAUUUUCAUUCUUCCUAGCUUGAGACUGUUAGGAGAUGUUUUUCAAUUAUGUUUCAGCAAGUUGUUAGUCUUGUAAAUUAAGAGCUUAAUAAUGUUUCAGCAAGUUGUUAGUCUUGUAAAUUAAGAGCUUAAUAAUGUUUCAGCAAGUUGUUAGUCUUGUAAAUUAAGAGCUUAAUAAUGUUUCAGCAAGUUGGAAGUGUUGUAAAUUAAGCUCGUUUGGUGUGAUUCUUCUCUUUGUUUAUUAAUCUUAUCAUUUAAUUUUUUCACUGAA